GCCGUGCUCUCCAGGAUGCCCGGGGCGCCGCUCCUGCGGCUGCUGGCGGCCGCGGUGGCCGUCUGCGUCUCCGUGGCUGGGGCGGCGCUGCACUCCCCCAAGGGGGGCGCCACCCUGGCCUUCGUCUUCGAUGUCACCGGCUCCAUGUGGGACGACCUGAUGCAGGUGAUGGACGGCGCCGCGCGCAUCCUGGAGCGGACCCUGAGCCGCAGCCAGGCGGUGGCCAACUACGCGCUGGUGCCCUUCCACGACCCAGAUAUCGGCCCAGUGACGCUCACAGCGGAUCCGGUGGUUUUCCAGAAGGAGCUGCGAGACCUCUACGUGCAGGGAGGCGGUGACUGCCCAGAGAUGAGCGUGGGGGCCAUCAAGGCCGCUGUGGAGGUGGCCAACCCCGGCUCCUUCAUCUACGUCUUCUCGGAUGCCCGCGCCAAGGACCAUCACCGGAAGGAUGAGCUCCUGCAGCUCCUGCAGCUGAAGCAGUCACAGGUGGUCUUUGUGCUGACGGGUGACUGUGGUGACCGUGCCCAUCCUGGCUACCUGGCCUACGAGGAGAUCGCCUCCACCAGCUCCGGGCAGGUGUUCCACCUGGACAAGCAGCAGGUGGCGGAGGUGCUGAAGUGGGUGGAGUCGGCGGUCCAGGCCUCCAAGGUGCACCUGCUGUCCACGGACCAUGAGGCGGGGGGCGAGCACACGUGGAGGCUGCCUUUGGACCCCAGCCUCAAGGAGGUCACCAUCUCCCUGAGUGGGCCAGGGCCCGAGAUCGAGGUCCGAGAUCCGCUGGGGAGGAUCCUCCAGAAGGACGAGGGUCUCAAGGUGCUGCUCAGCAUCCCUGACUCAGCCAAGGUGGUGGCCUUUAAGCCCAAGCACCCUGGGCUGUGGUCCAUCAAGGUCUACAGCAGCAGCCGCCACUCCGUUAGGAUCACGGGCAUCAGCGACAUCGACUUUCGAGCUGGCUUCUCCACACAGCCCUCCCUGGACCUCAACCACACCAUCGAGUGGCCCUUGGAAGGCGUCCCCAUCUCCCUGGUGAUCAACUCCACCGGGCUGCAGGCCCCCGGCAGCCUGGACUCCGUGGAGCUGUCGCACAGCUCCGGGCGGCCGCUCCUGACGCUGCCCAUGCAGCCGCUGUCCAACUGGUCCGCUCCUCAGCUGUGGGCCGGGCCGCCCUUCCACGCCCCCCGGGAGCGCUUCUACCUCAAAGUGAGGGGCAAGGACCCCGAGGGCAACGCCCUCCUCCGCGUCUCCGGGGUUUCCUACAGCGGGGUGACCCCAGGUGCCCCCCUGGUCAGCAUGGCCCCCAGGAUCCACGGCCACCGGAACCAGCCCCUGCUGGUCUCCUGCUCCGUGCACAGUGCCCUGCCCUUCCGGCUGCAGCUUUACCGCAGCGGGGUCCGGCUGGGCGAGGAGAGGCACUUCCUGGAGUCAGGGAACAGUAGCUGGGAGAUCCCCCGGGCCUCCAAGACCGACGAGGGGACCUACGAGUGCACUGCGGUCAGCAAAGCCGGGACCGGACGGGCCAGGGCCCAGGUCAUCAUCACAGAUCCACCGCCGCAGCUGGUCCCUACCCCCAAUGUGACUGUGUCCCCGGGGGAGACCGCUGUCCUAUCCUGCCAGGUCCUGGGUGACGCACCCUACAAUCUGACCUGGGUCCGGGACUGGCGAGUCCUGCCUGCCUCCAUGGGCCGGGUCACGCAGCUGGCCAAUCUGUCCCUGGAGAUCAGAGGGGUCGUCCCCAGUGACAGCGGGCGGUACCAGUGCAUGGCCAGCAAUGCCAAUGGGGCCACCAGGGCAUCCACCUGGCUCCUGGUGCGAGAAGUGCCUCAGGUGAGCAUUGACACCAGAGCCCAGAGCUUCUCCCAGGGUGUGGAGGUGAAGGUCAGCUGCUCGGCCUCGGGGUACCCCACACCCCACCUCUCUUGGAGCCAUGAGGGCCUCCCCCUACAAGAGGACAGCAGAACCCGUGUGGAUCCCCAGGGAACCCUGAUCAUCCAGAGAGUGGCCCCGGAGGAUGCUGGGAAUUACACCUGCCGGGCUGCUAAUGAAGUGGGAGCAGAUGAGGAGACGGUUACCCUGUAUUACGCAGAUCCCCCAUUGGUGUCUGCCGUGAACUCCGUGGUGCUCGCUGCCGUGGGCCAGGAGGCAGUGCUGGGGUGUAUGGCCACAGGGGCGCCCCCGCCCCGUGUGGUCUGGUACCGAGGGGACCUGGAGAUGAUCCUGGCCCCCGAGGACUCCAGCUCAGGGGUGCUGCGGGUCCCCUCGGCCCAGGAGCGGGAUGCGGGUGUCUACACCUGCCGGGCUAUCAACGAGCUGGGCACUGCCUCGGCGGAGGUGCAGCUGGAGGUUGGACAUGCCCCCCGGCUGACGGAACUGCCCCGGGACAUCGCUGUGGAGCUGGGCCGGAGCGCCUUCCUGGCCUGCCGGGCCACUGGCCGCCCGCCCCCGACGGUCACCUGGCAUCGCCGAGACGGCCUGCCCUUGGGGCUGCGGCAACGGGACUCGGGGGUGCUGCUUAUUGAGAGUGUCGCCCCGGAGGACCAGGCCACUUACGUCUGUGAGGCUCAGAAUGUCUUCGGGAAGGCCCAGGCCGAGACCCGGCUCAGUGUCACCGGACACGCACCCCCGCAGAUUGCCGGCAGUGCGUCCAUCGUACGCGUCCUGGAGGGCCAGCCGGUGUCCCUGCCGUGUGUCAUCCUGGCUGGGAGGCCCCUCCCGGAGAGGCGCUGGCUCAAGGCCACCCACCCGCUCCCAGCGGGCGGCCGGGGCUCUGUCCGGGCUGACGGCAGCCUCCACUUCGACCGGGCACUGCAGGAGGACUCGGGGACCUACAGCUGCAUGGUCAGCAACGUGGCCGGUUCCCAGCACCGGGAUGUGGAACUGGUUGUCCAGGUGCCGCCCAGAAUCCACCCCAUUGCCACCCACCAUGUCACCAAUGAAGGGGUUCCAGCCUCUCUGCCCUGUGCCGCCUCAGGAGUUCCCACCCCGACCAUCACCUGGACCAAGGAGAGCAAAGCCCUGGCCUCCGGGGGUCCCCAUUACAACGUGAGCAAGGGCGGCACCCUGGUCAUCACCCGGCCGUCCCCCCAGGACAUGGGGGCCUAUGUGUGCACAGCCACCAAUGCCGUGGGCUUCUCCAGCCAGGAGAUGCGGCUGUCAGUCAACACCAAGCCCAGGAUCCGGGUGAAUGGGUUGCAGGAUACAGACUCGCCCCUCCAUGUCACAGCCAAGACUGGCAAAGAGGUGACCCUGGAUUGUGAGGCCCAGGGCUCCCCGCCACCCCUGGUCACCUGGACAAAGGACGCCCAGCCUCUGCUGCCUGGGACCGACAGCCACGUCCUCCUUCCAUCUGGAUCCCUGCGCCUGACGCGGGCCCAGGCAAGCGAUGACGGCCACUAUGAGUGCACCGCCAGCAACCCAGCAGGCUCAGCCUCCCGACGCUACAUCCUCGGGGUGCAAGUGCCCCCGCAGGUGCAGCCAGGUCCACAUGUCCUCAAGGCCCUGCUGGGAGAAGCCCUAGAUCUGAACUGCGUGGCCCAGGGCCGCCCAGAGCCGCAGCUGCUCUGGUCCAAGGAUGGGGCGGCCUUGCCCAGAGCGGGGCCCGCGGGCUCGGUACACUUCGAAGCUGUGCAGAUCUCCGAUGCCGGGAUGUACCGCUGCGAGGCCACCAGCAGCGCCGGGACAGACGCCUGGGAGCUGGAGCUCAGGGUGCUGGAGCCUCCCCACUGGCUAGCCAACAACAGCAGCUUGGUGGAGCGAGUGGCAGGGGAAAACGCCAGCCUCCCGUGCCCAGCCCGAGGGACACCCAUGCCGCAGGUCACGUGGCGCAAGGGCCCAUCCUUGGAGCCUCUGAGCGGCCGGCCAGGCGUGGUGGUGCUGGAUGACGGGUCCCUGUUCCUGUCCUUGGUGUCGCUCACGGAUGGCGGAGACUAUGAGUGCCAGGCCACCAACGAGGUGGGCUCUGUGUCCAGGAGGACCAAGCUGCUGGUCUACGUGUCCCCCAGCAUCCGGGAGGAUGGGCGCCAGGGCAACGUGUCAGCGGUGGCUGGGCAGCCGCUCUCGCUGGAGUGUGAUGCCAGUGGCUCUCCGGUCCCUGAGAUCCUGUGGCUCAAGGACGGGCAGCUGAUCCCUGAGGCUGGUGGUCACCGCCUCCUGAAUGGGGCCCGCACGCUGCACUUCCCCAGGCUCGGGGAGGCUGAUUCAGGCCUCUACUCCUGCCGGGCAGAGAACCAGGCGGGGAAGGCACAGAGGGACUUCAGUCUCCUGGUGCUUGUCCCUCCUUCCAUGCUGGGAGUCGGGGCUACCCAGGAGGUGCUGGGCCUGGCUGGGGCAGACGUGGAACUGGAGUGUCGGACCUCGGGGGUCCCCACACCCCAAGUGGAGUGGACCAAGGAUGGGCAGCCUGUCCUUCCGGGAGACCCUCGCGCCCAGCUCCAGGAGGAUGGCCAGGUCCUCAGGAUCACCGGCAGCCACCCGGGGGAUGCGGGGCAGUACCAGUGCACAGCCUUCAGCCCAGCAGGCCAGCAGGCCAAGGACUUCCAGCUCCGCGUCCACUCACCCCCGACCAUCUGGGGCUCCAAUGAGACGGGCGAGGUGGCUGCCAUGGAGGGACACGCUGUGCGGCUCCUGUGUGAGGCUCGGGGCACCCCAGCCCCUGACGUCACAUGGUUCAAGGAUGGGGUCCUGCUCCCCACUAGCCCCGAGGUGGUCUACACCAGAGGCGGCCGGCAGCUGCAGCUGAGCCGAGCCCAGAGCUCAGACGCCGGUGUCUACACCUGCAAGGCCAGCAACCCUGUAGGUGUCACGGAGAAAGCCACCAGGCUGGCCGUUUAUGUCGCUCCCACCAUCGAGGGUGCCAGCGGAGGGCCGUAUAUGGUACAGGCCGUGGCCGGCAGGCCCUUGGCACUGGAGUGUGCUGCCCGGGGCUUCCCGCCCCCCGCCGUGUCCUGGCAACAUGAGGGGCUGCCGCUGGCCGAGAGCAACGGGACAUGGCUGGAGCCGGAUGGUGCGCUGCGGCUGCAGAGCCCAGGGGAGGCCUCCGGGGGCCUGUACAGCUGCGUGGCCAGCAGCCCUGCGGGCGAGGCCGUGCUGCAGUACGCCGUGGACGUGCAGGUGCCCCCACAGCUCCUGGUGGCCGAGGGCUCAGGCCAGGUGGCCGCCAUCGUGGGACAGCCCCUGGAGCUCCCGUGCAGGGCCUCGGGCUCCCCAGCGCCCACCAUCCAGUGGCUGCAGAACGGCCGCCCCGCUGAGGAGCUGGCUGGAGUGCGGGUGGCCUCGCAGGGGACCACGCUGCACAUUGACCACGUGGAGCUGGCCCAUGCGGGCCUUUUCGCCUGCCAGGCCACCAAUGAUGUGGGCACCACGGGGGCCGAGGUGGAGGUAUCUGUGCACGAACUCCCAUCGGUCGACAUCAUCGGCAGCAAGAACCUCACGGUCCCUUUCCUGCAGUCUGUGACCCUCCAGUGUGUAGGGGUCGGCAUGCCUCCUCCAAGCCUCCACUGGUGGAAGGAUGGGGUGGCCCUGGCAACCUCAGGGGGGACCUUGCAGAUAGAGAAGGUGGACCUGAGGGACGAAGGUAUCUACACCUGCACGGCCACCAACCUGGCGGGAGAGAGCAAGAAGGAUGUGGCAGUCAAGGUUUUGGUGCCCCCCAACAUCGAGCCAGGCCCCAUCAACCAGGCGGUGCUGGAGAACACGUCCAUAACUUUGGAGUGCUUGGCAUCGGGGGUGCCUCCUCCCGAUGUCUCCUGGUUCAAGGGCCACCAGCCCGUCUCCGCCCGGACAGGGCUGACGGUCUCCAAGGAUGGGAGAAGCCUGCGCAUUGAGCAAGCCCAGCUUUCUGAUGCCGGGAGUUACCGCUGUGUGGCUUCCAAUGUGGCGGGCAGCACGGAACUUCAGUACGGCCUCCGGGUCCACGUGGCCCCCCAGAUCACUCUGGCACCCAGCCUGCCAGGCCCAGUGCUGCUCGGUGCCCCAGUCCGACUGAGCUGCAAUGCCUCUGGGGUCCCCAGCCCCACACUGAUGUGGCUAAAGGAUGGAAACCCCGUGUCGCCCGCAGGAACCCCUGGCCUCCAGGUCUUCCCUGGGGGUCGGGUACUUGCCCUGGCCAGCGCCCGGACCUCUGACUCGGGCAGCUACUCGUGCGUGGCUGUGAGUGCUGUGGGCGAGGACCGCCGGGACGUCACCCUGCAAGUCCACGUGCCCCCCAGCAUCCUCGGGGAAGAGCUGACCAUCUCUGUCAUGGCCAAUGAGUCUGUGACCCUGGAGUGCCGCAGCCAUGCCGUGCCCCCUCCCAAGCUGAGCUGGCAGAAGGACUCGAGGCCCCUGAAGCUGCGGCCUGGCAUCCAUCUCUCCCAGGACAAGGCCCUGCUGGAGGUGUCCAGGGCGGAGGUGGGGGACGCUGGCCGCUACACCUGUGAGGCUCUGAACCGCGCUGGCCGCUCCGAGAAGCACUUCAAUGUGAACGUCUGGGUGCCUCCGGCCUUCCCCUUGCGGGAGCCCCGCCCCCUGGCCGUGACCGAGGGGCAGCUGGCCAGGCUGUCCUGCGAGUGCCGCGGCGUCCCUUUCCCCAAGGUCACCUGGAGCAAGGACGGUCAGCUGCUGCCCGGGGAGGCGCCCGGUGGGGAGCAGGUGUCCGUGGUGGGGCGACUGCUGUACCUGGGGCGCGCGCGGCCCGCACAGGAGGGGACAUACACGUGCGAGUGCAGUAACGUGGCCGGGAACAGCAGCCAGGCCCAGCGGCUGGAGGUGCACGCUCCCCCCCAGAUCGCCGGCCCCCGGGAGCCCCUCACGCGCGUGUCCGUGCUGCAGGGCGGGGAGGCCGCUCUGGAUUGCAACGCCACGGGGAGGCCACUGCCGGCGGUGACCUGGGAGCGGGACGGGCAGCCCCUGCGCACCGAGCCUGGCCUGCAGCUGCAGAGCCAGGGCCACCGCCUGCGGGUGCAGCAAGCACAGGCUGCCCACGCGGGACGGUACAGCUGCGUGGCCAAGAACGCAGUGGGGCUCGCAGAGCGGAGGUUCGAGCUGUCCGUGCUGGUGCCCCCGGUGCUCCUGGGGUCCGCCGACCCAGUGACCAACGUCACAGCUGCUGUGCACGGCCCCUUGACUCUGCUCUGCGAAGCCACAGGGGUCCCGCCCCCCGAAGUGCGCUGGUUCCGGGAGGAGCAGCCCAUCCAGCCCCGGGAGGACACCUACCUGUUGGCGGGUGGCUGGAUGCUGAGGGUGAGCCAGGCUCAGGAGCAGGACCGAGGUCUGUACGCGUGCCUGGCCAGCAACGAAGCUGGGGAGGCAUGGAGGAACUUCAGCGUGGAGGUCCUAGUUCCCCCCACUAUAGAGAACGAGGGCUUGGAGGAGGUGACCAGGGUGCCCGAGGGACAGACAGCCCAGUUGACUUGCAACACCACAGGCCACCCUCAGCCCAUCAUCACCUGGUUCAAAGACGGCCGGCCCCUGGGUGGUGGAGAUGCCCACCACACCUCCCCAGAUGGAGCCCACCUGUGGGUCCCCCAGGCCAACCUGUCCCAUGCCGGCCACUACUCCUGCAUUGCCAGCAACGUCGUGGGGGAGAAGACCAAGCACUUCCAGCUCAGCGUGCUGGUGCUGCCCACCAUCCUGGGGGCGACUGAGGAUGGUGCCGGCGAGGAGGUGACCGUGACCAUCAACAACCCCAUCUCUCUGAUCUGCGAGGCGCUGGCCUUCCCUGCCCCCAACAUCACCUGGAUGAAGGACGGGGUCCCUUUUGAGGCUUCCAGGAACAUCCAGAUGCUCCCAGGCACCCGAGGGCUGCAGAUCCUGAAUGCCCAGAAGGAGGACGCGGGCCAGUACACCUGUGUGGUCACCAAUGAGCUGGGGGAGGCCACCAAGAGCUACCACGUGGAAGUGCUCAUCCCCCCUUCCAUCUCCAAAGACGACCCUGCGGGGGACCUGGGGGUGAAGGAGGUGAAGACGAAGGUCAACAGCACCCUGAGUCUGGAGUGCGAGUGCUGGGGCUCCCCCCCGCCCGCCAUUAGCUGGUACAAGGAUGGACAGCCCGUGACACCUGGCCAGCGUCUGCGCAUCAUGGGCGAGGGCCGCCUGCUCCAGAUCCAGCCCACACAGGUCUCGGACUCGGGGCGGUACCUGUGCGUGGCCACCAACGUGGCCGGGGAAGAUGACCAGGACUUCACCGUGCUCAUCCAAGUCCCCCCCAUGUUCCAGAGGGUGGGCCAUCCCAGCGCUGCCUUUGAGUCCCUGUCCCGGGAGGAGGAGGCCCGGGGUGAGGUGACGGAAUACCGAGAGGUGGUGGAGAACAACCCGGCCUACCUGUACUGCGACACCAAUGCUGUCCCGCCGCCAGAGCUCACCUGGUACAGGGAGGGGCGGCCCCUGUCCACCUCUGCCGACCACAGGGCCUCCGUGUUGCAAGGUGGCCGGGUCCUGCAGCUGCCCCUGGUGCGGGCAGAGGAUGCUGGGAGGUAUUCGUGCAAAGCCUCCAACGAGGUGGGCGAGGACUGGCUACACUAUGACCUACUGGUGCUGACCCCGCCUGUGAUCCUGGGUGACACCGAGGAGCUGGUGGAGGAGGUGACUGUCAAUGCCAGCAGCACUGUUAGCCUCCAGUGCCCGGCCCUGGGCAACCCGGCACCUACCUUGUCCUGGCUGCAGAAUGGGCUGCCUUUCUCCCCGAGCCCGAGGCUGCAGGUGCUGGAGGACGGGCGAGUCUUGCAGGUGUCCACGGCAGAAGUGGCUGACGCUGCCAGUUACAUGUGUGUGGCGGAGAACCUGGCGGGCUCUGUGGAGAAACUGUUCACCCUGCGGGUCCAAGUGCCCCCGCGGAUCACGGGCCAGAACCUGGAGCGGGUCAGCGCCGUCCUCAACAGCAGCGUCUCCCUCCCCUGCGAAGCCCUGGCUCACCCGAGCCCCGAGGUCACUUGGUACAAGGACGAUGAGGCCCUGGCCCUGGGGGAAGAGGUUUUCCUCCUGCCUGGCACCCACACGCUACAGCUGCCCCGUGUGCAGCCCUCGGACUCCGGGACCUACCUGUGCGAGGCCCUCAAUGCGGCCGGCCGUGACCAGAAGGCUGUGCAGCUCAGUGUGCUGGUGCCCCCCACCUUUAGGCAGGCUCCCGACAGCCACCAGGAGGUGAUCUUUGUCCGUGCCGGGGACAAGGCCAUCCUGAACUGUGAGACGGACUCAUUCCCAGAGCCGGUCGUGACCUGGUACAAGGACCAGCAGCCCCUGGCCCCGGGGCCGUGGGCCCAGGCUCCGCAGGACGCUCAGCGGCUGGAGAUCCUGGCGUCCCAGGUGUGGGACAAAGGUUCAUACAGCUGUAAAGUUAGCAACGCCGCCGGGGAGGCCACUCGGACCUUUGUCCUCACUGUCCAGGUGCCCCCAAUGUUUGAGAACCCCAAGACAGAGACAGUGAGCCAGGUGGCUGGGAGAGCCCUGGUCCUGACCUGUGAUGUGUCAGGGGUCCCUGCGCCCACUGUGACUUGGUUGAAGGACAGAAUGCCUGUGGAGAGCAGCGUGGUGCAUGGCGUGGUCUCCCGGGGCGGCCGCCUGCAGCUGAGCCGCCUGCAGCCCACCCAGGCCGGCACCUACACGUGCGUGGCCGAGAACGCCCAGGCCGAGGCCCGCAAGGACUUCGUGGUGGCCGUGCUGGAGGCUCCCCGGAUCCGGAGCUCGGACGCCCCGCAGGAGCACAGCGUGCUGCAGGGCCAGGAGGUGCGGUUAGACUGCGAAGUCCAGGGGCAGCCGCCGCCCGACGUGGCCUGGCUGAAGGACGGCGCCCCGCUGCAGCAGGACGUGGGUCCCCACCUGCGGUUCUUCCUGGACAGCAGCUCCCUGGUGCUCAAGGGCCUGAGAGCCUCGGACUCCGGCGCCUACACUUGCGUGGCCCGCAACACAGCGGGGGAGGAUGCCAGACUGCACACGGUCACCGUGCUGGUCCCCCCCACCAUCGAGCAGGAGGCAGGUGGCACAGGGAUUCUGCUGAGCAGGCCUGGGGAACUGGUGACCAUGGCGUGCCCAGUCCGGGGCUCCCCACCCAUCCACGUGAGCUGGCUCAAGGACGGACUGCCACUGCCCCUAUCUCAACGCACCCAACUGCAUGGCUCAGGCCGCACCCUCAGGAUUUCCCAGGUGCAGCUGGCGGACGCGGGCACCUUCACCUGUGUGGCUGUGAGCCUGGCCGGUGUGGCCAGCAGGAACUUCACUCUGCAGGUGCUGGUGCCUCCCAUCCUGGAGCCAGCGGACUUCCAGGGCGAGGUGGUGGUGGCCCCUGGCUCCUCUGUGGUCCUGCCAUGUGAGGCCCAGGGGAGCCCCCUGCCCCUCCUGUCCUGGAUGAAGGACGGGGAACCCUUGUUGCCCCAAAGCCUUGAGCAGGGGCCUGGCCUGCAGCUAGAGAGAGUGGGAGCCGGUGACUCGGGGACCUACUCCUGCGUGGCCACCAGCGAGGCCGGAGAGGCCAUGCGACACUUCCGGCUGACUGUCAUGGACCCGCCCCACAUCCAGGACUCGGGGCAGCCUGUGGAGCGGUUAUUGGUGGCCGGUGCCCACAUGGAGCUCCUGUGUGACGCCAGGGGCGUCCCCCAACCUAACAUCACCUGGCAUAAGGACGGGCAGGCCCUGCGUGGGCAAGCUGGCCGCGUGUUCCGUGUGGAGGGCGUGCAGGUGGGUGACGCAGGGCUGUACACCUGCCUGGCUGAGAGCCCUGCAGGCGAAGCUGAGAAGAGUUUCCGGGUUAGAGUUCAAGCCCCUCCAAAUGUGGUUGGGCCCCAGGGUCCCCGCUCUGUGGUCGGCCUGGCCCCAGGGCAGCUGGUCCUGGAGUGCCCCGUGGAGGCAGAGCCAGCGCCCGAGAUCGAGUGGCACCGAGAUGGGGUCCUGCUGCAGGUGGACACACACACCCAGCUCCCGGAGCAUGGCAGAUUCCUGCAGUUGCAGGCCCUGAGCACGGCCGACAGCGGCCACUACAGCUGCACAGCCCGCAACCAGGCGGGCAGCACCAGCGUGGCCUUCCACGUGGAGAUCCACAUGGUGCCCACCAUCCAGCCAGGACCGCACGCCGUGAACGCCUCUGUGAACCAGAUAGCCCUGCUGCCCUGCCGGGCCAGUGGUGAGCCCCCUCCUGUUGUGAGCUGGCGGAAGGAUGGGGCUCCACUGGAUCCGGAGAGCCCCAGGCUAGAGGUUCUGCCUGAUGGGUCUCUGAGGAUCCAGCCUGUCCUCACCCAGGACGCCGGCCACUACGUCUGCCUGGCAUCCAACUCUGCUGGCUCCGAUCGGCAGGGCCGCGACCUGCAGGUCUUCGAACCUCCAGCCAUCUCCCCCGGCCCCUCCAACCUUACCCUCACCGCGCCCAGCCCAGCCGUGCUGCCCUGCGAGGCCAGUGGCUCCCCCAAACCCCUGGUGGCCUGGUGGAAAGAUGGACAGAAGCUGGACUUCCACACGCAGCAGGGUGCCUACCGUCUCCUGCCCUCCAACGCCCUGCUGCUUAUGGCCCCCAGCGCCCAGGACUCAGCUCAGUUUGAGUGCGUGGUGAGCAAUGAGGUGGGCCAGGCCCGCAAGCUCUACCAGGUGACCGUGCAUGAGCCUCCGACCAUCGCCGAUGACCAGACAGCCUUCACUGUGACCAGGAUGGCACCCGUGGUCCUCACCUGCCACAGCACGGGGGUGCCGGUCCCCACUGUGUCUUGGAGCAAGGCGGGCGCCCAGCUAGGGGCCCGGGGGAGUGGCUACCGAGUCUCAUCGUCCGGUGCCCUGGAGAUCGGGCAGGUCCUCCCCAUCCAUGCUGGUCGCUACACCUGCACAGCCCGCAAUGUCGCCGGAGUGGCCCACAAGCACGUGGUCCUCACCGUGCAGGCCUCCCCUGUGGUGAAGCCACUGCCAAGCGUGGUCCAGGUGGUAGCGGAAGAGGAGGUACUGCUGCCCUGUGAGGCCUCAGGCAUCCCCCGGCCCACCGUCACUUGGCAGAAAGAGGGGUUCAGCAUCCCUUCAGGAGGGCGGAGCCAGGUCCUCCCCAGCGGACAGCUGCGGCUCACCCGCGCCCACCCUGAGGAUGCCGGGAACUACUUCUGCAUGGCCCAGAACAGCGCGGGCAGCGCCAUGGGGAGGACGCGGCUGGUGGUGCAAGUGCCCCCUGUGAUCGAGAGCAGCCUCCCUGACCUGUCUGCCACAGAAGGCUCCCACGCCCUCCUGCCCUGUGUAGCCAGGGGCAGCCCCGAGCCUGACAUCCACUGGGAGAAGGACGGCCAGCCAGUGAGCGUGUCCGGAGCCCAGGGCAAGUACAGCCUCCAGCCCUCAGGAGAGCUGCUGGUGAAGAACUCUGAGGGCCAGGACGCAGGCACCUACACCUGUACUGCGGAGAAUGUGGUGGGCCGGGCCCGGCGGCGUGUGCAUCUCACCAUCCUGGCACUGCCCAUCUUCACCACGCUGCCUGGGGACCGCAGCCUGCGCCUUGGGGACAGGCUGUGGCUGCGCUGUGUGGCCCGAGGCAGCCCAACCCCAAGCCUCAGCUGGACCGUCAACGAUCUACCAGUCACAGAAGGUGUGUCCGAGCAGGAUGGGGGCAGCACCCUGCAGCGGGCAGCAGUGACCAGGAAGGACAGCGGGACCUAUGUGUGCUGGGCUGAGAACAGAGUGGGCCGCGUGCAGGCGGUCAGCUUCGUGCACGUGAAGGAGGCCCCUGUCCUACAAGGAGAACCCUUCUCCCGGCUGGUGGAGCCUGUGGGGGGCAGCAUCCAGCUAGACUGCCUGGUCCGUGGUGACCCAGCUCCCAACAUCCACUGGACCAAAGACGGUCUUCCACUGUGGGACAGCCGCCUGCAGAUACAGAAUGGCUCGCUGACCAUCCACAGGACCAAGAUGGCUGACGCGGGCCAGUACCAGUGCCUGGCGGAGAACGAGGUGGGCGCCGUGAAGAAAGUGGUGACCCUCGUCCUUCAGAGUGCCCCGGUGUUCCAGGUAGAGCCCCAGGACGUCACAGUGAGGCCUGGUGAGGAUGUGGCUCUGCGGUGCCGGGCCACUGGAGAGCCUGCGCCCACCAUUGAGUGGCUGCGUGCGGGGCAACCCUUGCGAGCCAGCCGGCGACUCCGGACCCUGCCGGACGGGAGCCUGGAGCUGGAGCGCGUGGAGGCGGGGGAUGCGGGGGAGUACCAGUGCGUCGCCCACAACCUGCUGGGCUCUGCCACCGCCCGGGCGUUCCUGGUCCUGAGAGAGCAACCCCGGGGGAGCCGGGGCAGCAUGGUCGGGGUGAUCAAUGGCCAGGAGUUUGGUAUGGCCGCUCUCAACACCAGUGUGCAGCAGGAGGCGCUGUCCGGGGUCACCACCAUCCGGAGCAGCGUCAGCCCCAUUCCGGCAGGAGUGGGGCCUCUGAUGCGGGUGCUGGUGGUCACCGUUGCCCCCAUCUACUGGGCCCUGGCUGGAGAGCGUGAAGAGGCACUGAAUGGCUACUCCCUGACGGGCGGCAGCUUCCGGCAGGAGUCCCACGUGGAAUUUGCUACGGGGGAGCUGCUCAGAAUGACACAGGUGGCACGGGGCCUGGACCCCGACGGGCUCCUGCUCCUGGAUGUGGUGGUCAGUGGCACCGUCCCUGAGGCCCUGGAGGGCGGGGACCUCCAAGUGCAGGAGCGGAAACCUCUGGCCUCCUGCCCCCACCAUUCCCCUGUCCAGGACUUCGAGGAGCGUUACGUGCAGACGGGGCCUGGCCGGCUCUUCGUGGGCACCAUGCAGGGCUUCCUCCACGACAACAUCCCCGGACUCCUCCGCUGCAACCACAGCAUCCAGUACGCGGCAGCGCGGGGCCCCCAGCCCCAGCUGGUGCAGCACCUCCAAGCCUCAGCUGUCAGCUCGGCCUUCGACCCUGAGGCCCAGGCCCUGCGCUUCCAGCUUGCUGCAGCCCUGCAAGCCGAGGAGCAUGAGGCGGGGUGCCCUGAAGGCUUCGAGCCGGACCCCAGAGGAGAGUUUUGUGUGGACAGGGACGAAUGUACAGACGGCCCCAGCCCCUGCUCCCACUCCUGCCACAACGUGCCCGGCCGCUUCUUCUGUUCCUGCCCUGCUGGCUUCACCCUCACCUGGGAUGACAGGACCUGCAGGGACGUGGACGAGUGUGAGUGGGAUACCCAUCUCUGCCAAGAGGGACAGCGCUGUGUGAACCUGCUCGGCUCCUACCGCUGCCUCCCCGACUGUGGGCCUGGCUUCCGAGUGGCAGCCGGAGGGGCCAGCUGCGAAGAUGUGGACGAAUGCCUGGAGCAGCGGGACCAGUGUCUCUACAACCAGCUCUGCGAGAACACGGCGGGCGGGCACCACUGCAGCUGCCCCCGGGGGUACCGGACUCAGGGCCCUGGCCUGCCCUGCUUAGAUGUCAACGAGUGCCAGCAGCUGCCUGAGCCGUGCGGCUACCAGUGCCACAACCUCCAGGGUAGCUACCGCUGUCUGUGCCCAGCGGGCUAUACCCUCCUCCGUGACGGCAAGGCCUGUACCCCACUUGAGCGGAAGGGACAGAAUGUGACCACUGUCAGCCACCGGAGACCCUCGAUGCCCUGGCUGCGGCCCCGAGCCCCCAUCCCUGGUGGUUCUUACCAUGCCUGGGUCUCCCUGAGGCCUGGCCCUGGAGCCCUGAGCAGUGUGAGCCGAGCCUGGUGCCCGCCUGGCUUCAUCUGGCAGAAUGGUGCCUGCGUGGACCUUGAUGAGUGCCGGGUUCGGAGCCUGUGCCAGCAUGCCUGCCAGAACACCGAGGGCAGCUACCACUGCCUCUGUCCUGCCGGCUACCGCCUCCUGCCCAGUGGGAAGAACUGCCAGGACAUCAAUGAGUGUGAGGAGGAUGCUGUGGAGUGUGGUCCGGGCCAGAUGUGCUUCAACACCCGUGGAGGCUUCCAGUGCGUGGACACGCCCUGCCCUGAGGCCUACCGGCAGGGCACCAACCCCGGGACCUGCUUCCGCCGCUGCUCGCAGGACUGCGACGCCGAGGGCCCGGCCACGCUGCAGUACCGGCUGCUGCCGCUGCCCCUGGGCGUGCGCGCCCACCACGAUGUGGCGCGCCUGGCUGCCUUCUCCGAGCCCGGCGUCCCCGCCAACCAGACCGAGCUCCGCGUGCUCCAGCCCGACCCGCGCAGCCCCUUCGCGCUGCGCCCCCUGCGCGCCGGGCUCGGUGCCGUCUACACCCGCCGCACGCUCACCCGCGCCGGCCUCUACCGCCUCACCGUGCGCGCUGCCGCGCCGCGCCACCAGAGCGUCUACGUGCUGCUCAUCGCCGUGUCCCCGUACCCGUACUGAGCCCGAGCCUGAGCCGGGCGGGGCGGGCGGCAGCGGAGCCUCCGUAAACAGCGGCCUUGACGCGGCGCCUGGGCGCACAGCCCGCGGACAGCGCUGGGUGUCACCGGCCCCAGAGGCUUCCCAGGCUAGGAGCUGGCCAGAAACGCGGGACACCUGACCCAGGGAGGAGCAGCUGUGAGGACACAACAGCCGUCACCGUCACCCUGGCACGGCCCUCCUGAACCCAGUGCGUGUUACGACAUAAAACGAUGUUUCCUAA